GUCUGGGAUCUUGGUGGGCAAGAAAGACUGAGGACAUCAUGGGCAACUUACUAUCGCGGAACUCAUGCUGUCAUUGCAGUUAUUGAUAGCACUGACAGAGCCAGGAUUUCCAUUAUGAAGGACGAGUUGUUCAGGUUGCUCCCACACGAGGAUCUGCAAAGUGCGGUUCUACUAGUCUUUGCGAACAAACAGGACCUUAAAGAUGCCAUGACCCCUGCAGAGAUAACCGAUGCGCUUUCCCUUCAUAGCAUCAAGAACCAUGAUUGGCAUAUUCAAGCCUGCAGUGCCUUGACUGGUGACGGUUUAUACGAUGGUUUAGGGUGGAUUGCACAGCGAGUUCCUGGUAAAGCACCAACCUAGACGUCGUUAGACGAAGGAAUAUGUGUUUUUUAUGUUUUCACGAGAUUAAUAUCAAACUCCAUGCCCUUGAUGUAAGUUUUUAUGUCAUGUAUUUGAUACUGUCAUAUUGCAUUUCCUUGAAGACCUACUGGAUUUGGUACAUCUGAGCCUUUCUUAUAACUGUGAUGACUGACUUACUGCUUCAAGGAUAAAGGAAUACAAUAUUUAAAGAUUCUUACUUUA